AUGGUAUCAGCAUAUUCGUUAGAUAUAUUUUCGGAGCAUCUGUUGCGAUGGCUUUCAAUAUUUGCAACUGGAACCACAGUGUGCCUCUUCUUGACGGGUUUCGAGAUUUGCUGGCGGAUAAAGAUUCAAGGAACAACGGAUGGCAUCAGUUCGGCACCGUUUCAUAUGGGUUUUGUUUCAGGGCAGCUUUGGCUGCAGUAUGGUCUGCUAAGGCAGGAUAAGAUUCAAGGAACAACGGAUGGCAUCAGUUCGGCACCGUUUCAUAUGGGUUUUGUUUCAGGGCAGCUUUGGCUGCAGUACGGUCUGCUAAGGCAGGAUAAGACUGUAAUAUUUGUGAAUUCGGUGGCUGCAUCACUUUAUACGUUUUAUUUAUUUUAUUAUUUUUUGAUGGGACCACUCGCAACGAAGAAGCGCUGUCUGAGGAUCGUUCUGUUGGAAGUGCUUUUUUUGAUGGCCGUCCAUUACUAUGUGCAUUAUAGCGGCUCAUCCUUGGAAAUGAUUCGUGCUCGAUUAGGGCUGUGCUGCGUCAUUUUCAAUAUCGUCACUGUCGCCGCACCCUUAGAAGCUUUGCGUGAAGUUCUUCGCACGCGCUGUACGGAGAGGAUGCCGUUACCUCUGUGCCUUUUCACACUUCUUGUAACUACUGAAUGGUUUAUGUAUGGCGUUCUAAUUGAUGACAUUUACAUCAAGCGUGAAGUUCUUCGCACGCGUUGUACGGAGAGGAUGCCGUUACCUCUGUGCUUUUUCACACUUCUUGUAACUACUGAAUGGCUUAUGUAUGGUGUUCUAAUUGAUGACAUUUAUAUCAAGGUACCAAAUGCGAUUGCGACAGUAAUUGCAGUUGCCCAGUUGUUGCCAUUCAUUUAUUUUCCACGAAAGAAGCAGAUGACCGCGAUCAGUGCACUGUGA